GACAAUCGAAAACCCAUAAUCACUUCAAAGUUUUACCUGUUUCAACCACUGAUAUUGGAUGAGUUAAAUUACGCUUUUUAUGCAUUGUUUUUGCUGUUGAUUACAAGUUAUUCGAUCCGUUUUUUGUUUUGUUUUUUUAACGAAUAAUUCUCAAUACAACAAAAUGUCUCAAGGAGCCAGUUCGAAAAGAUUACAACAAACACAAGCUCAGGUGGACGAAGUGGUUGGUAUAAUGCGUACGAAUGUUGAAAAAGUUUUGGAACGUGAUCAAAAAUUGUCCGAAUUAGAUGAUCGAGCCGAUGCUUUGCAACAAGGGGCUAGUCAAUUCGAACAACAAGCUGGUAAAUUGAAACGAAAAUAUUGGUGGCAAAAUCUCAAGAUGAUGCUCAUACUUGGAAUGAUUGUUUUGGUCAUAUUGAUCAUCAUCAUAGCUUCGUAUUCUGAAUAAAUGUAUGGAAUGGACUGUGUUUGCAGCCACAAAUUGAUAUACCCACACCACACAUCACCACAAGGAUGGAUCAUAUCGGUCAUAAAUGACUGAUAAUGAUAUUCACCCUUCAGUCCAUUCAAUCUGCCAAUUAAUGUGUGUAUGUUUUCUACCCCCUAAAAAAAAUCCAUCCAAUAACAUGACAAUGUCAUCCCCAGCCCGAUUGCACAUUUCACCCACAUCAAAGAACCUGAACUUUGAAUGUGAAUUUCAAUCACAGCGCAGAAUUUGGUUAAUAUUUUCAAAAUCAUCGUCUAUAAUGAUUUAAAUGUCGAUAUAAAUGUUUGUUUCAUAAAUAAUCAAAUGAUA